UUUUUGUUGAAAUGUCAAACCUUAAAAACAAAAAACAGUCUAAUUUAAAUUGUUGGUAUAUUUAAUAAUUGUUAUAUUAUAAUUAUUAAUAACUUGUUAUUUAGUUGUAAUAAAUCAAUUGUUGAUGAUUUUAAGCAUAUUUUAGCUUAAAAAUGGAUGAUGAUCGUGAAGAAAUUUUACAAUUUACGGAUGAUGAAUCCUUAUCCGAAAUCGACGAUAUUGGGGGGGCGCUCGACAAAGAAAAUGAAAGAGAAAUAUUAAUGUCGCCCUCCUCGAAAAUUGAACAUUUAUCAAUGAAGUUAUCCCUGAUUUUUCAUACUACUGGGUUAUUAAUAGUUUUUCCAGCAUAUGUCGAUUCUAUACCAAACAAUGCAAAUGCUUAUUCAGUUCUUAUUUGGAAUACAUUUCUGAGUUUUUGUGCAAUAUUACUUAUAGCUAUUUUAUUGGGGUAUACUUGUGAUAAAUAUAAACAUGUUAUGCUUAGAAAAUUACCAUUACCCUUUGUAAAAAUGAUGGUUAUUACGAUUUCUUAUUUUCUUGGGGGGAUGAUGGUUACUUAUGCUUUGGAUCGAAAUAGGGUAAUUUGUCAUUUACAGGACCCAAUUAAAGGAAUAAUGUUACUAUUUUCAUUAAUUUAUUAUUUCUUUUUCUGCAAAAAAAUGAUGGGAAAGCAAAGAAUUUUUGCUACAGCCAUUAUAAUUGUGGGUCUUUUUAUCUCUGUUGAUUAUGGUUUGUGUGAUGAAUUUAGAUGUCGUGGUGCAGAACGUAGACAUUUAACAACUUGGAGUAAGAAAACACUUUCAAUUUGGGCAUGUGUUUAUGUUGGAGGUUUUGCCAUUUUGGCAGGAUUUUUUACCAUUUUGGAAAGAUUUCUAAUCAAGGAUAAUGAAAGAGAUAAUCCAGUUGUCAACAUUCCUUCAACGUUUUUAAGCACAGUAUCUGAAUCUAUAUCAUUUCCAAUGCCUGCUCAAAAUUCAAAUUCAAAUAUUUUGCAGAAUGUUAAAAAAAUGUGCCCUUAUCAUUUAGUAUUGUGGUUACAUGGUUUUGGACUUAUAUAUUUGCUAAAUAUGUUCUGGGUUGACCUAUUACCUACAGUUGGAAAGUCCACCAAUAUUGCAGUAUUUGAAAAUCACACCCUAAAUGGUAUUUGGUGUCAUUUUCAAUUUGGCAAACACGCGCACUCCUGUAACAAUCUGGCAUAUUUUUCAUGGGCAUUCUUGUAUUUCUAUGUAAUGUUUGUUCAUGGCAUUUUCAAAUUUUUAUUGUUAUCUCAAUCUGCGGUUUACACCGUUGCAACUAUGUGCGGAGCGUUGCCGAUUGUUGGAAUAUUUUGGUCAAUUUUCCAGUUGAGCCAUGUAAAUGGAAAAAGUAUCUUAAUUUUUGCCCCCGAAUUUUCUGGAGAGUUGAUUUGUUCCAUAAUUGGGUUGCCGAUAAUAUUUUCAGGAUUGGUAAUUUUUUGUAGAAUGAAAUUCAGGGAAUACCGGCCAAGAUUAAUCCACGAUUACAUUUUUCAUUCUGCUUAAAUUUGUGAUUUUUUAGUAUUUUUAUUUGUGAUUGUUUCUUAGUCCUUUAAUUUAAUCCUUUUAUUUAAGACUGAAUUUGUGCCAAAUAUGUAAUACACUUUUUUAAAGCUUUAGCACAGUAGAGAGAAAGCAGUACCUUAGCGGCUUGAGUCCGUGGUUGUAAAACUUGUGGGGAAAGGGGGAAUGCGUCUUUAUCAACGCAUACGGAUCUCUGAUCAGUCAAGGUGAU